AUGACUGACCGAGUCACAAAGCCACGAGCCAGGAAGAAGAAAACCGUGACCAAAUCCAACGUCGUGCCCAUACGUGAAGACACCGCCCUGGCCCCGACGUCGCCCGUUAGAAGGGACUCGGCCUUGACCACGAAGUCAGAGCCCUCGGAUUCAGACUCAUCACUGCACAGUGUGCCCUUAUCGGCAACUUCUAGCGAGGUCGACUUGAUGUCACAACAAGCAGAGAAAGCCAUUGCGACAAUACGAUAUCAGUAUAGCGCACCCCAGCUAUAUCAGCCUUCUAAGAUACAGGGUGAUGCGCUCGACACGGCCUUUCUUCUGCACUUUGUCGAACUCAACCAGACCAGUCGAAGUUAUAGCCCCGAAAUACCAUGGCUUACUCAUUUACCAAUGAUACACAGCAGGGCCAUCAAACCUGCAGUGAAGCUGUCCAUACGUGCAGCCUCUAUGGCCUUCUUCGCCAAGAUUCACAAAGAUCCCACCAUAUUGGUAGAUUCAUAUCGCUGGUACACCGUGUCCCUCAACGCACAGAGGAUGUCACUAGACCGUUUGACCCAAGCGGGUCGAAUACCAGACGAUGAGGAGAUAUUAGUGCCUAUAAUAUUAGGACUGUACGAGGUGUAUGCUGGGACUACGUCGGACAGUGUGCUACACCAUGUCUCUGCAGCAUGCGAGAUUAUCAGGUUGCGGGGGCCUGAGAACUGCAAAUCUGGCGUUGUGUGGCCUUUGUUCAAGGCUAUGCGGGUGUCUGAUGCACAAAAAGCUCUCAUCCUCAAUAAACCCUCCAUAUUUUCGUCGCCAGACUGGAUGACGAUUCCGUUUACCAACAUGCCACGGAAUGCACACCACGACCUUGCCGAUAUCAUGUUAAUGAUUCCCGACUGCAUCAAACUGUGCCGAAGCAACGGCAGCCUACGAACCUUCUUCCAAUCUGCUUUCCCGCCGGGCGUAGAUCUCGAGCCUUGCCGCAAGAGAACAAAUGAACUCAUCGCCACCCUCGAUGCAUGGGCGACAGCGUACCCAUAUCUCGCAAAGCCAUCAUCGGGUCUCCAGAUCGUGGAGGCAAACAUGGCAAACCUCGCCGUCAGCGGCGCGAGACCGGCGUUCGAGGGCUCCAAGAACGUCAUACUCCCAGAGUCUUUUAUCGCUCUCACAAUCGCAACUUAUGAGUCUGUACAGCUGACUCUCACAAUGCUCCAGCGCAAGCUCAGUGCCCACUACCCACAGUCAUCUGGGAGCUCUCCACAGUCAGCAUACUCAUCGCCAUCCCCGUCUCCGUCUUCCACGUCGGCGCUCUUCGACCAGGCUGUGCAAUCCGCGCAGGUCAUCAUGAAGACAGCAGGUCAUCUGGAAGGCACCAAGACCGUCGGCUUCGAUUUCAUCCGGAGCGUAACCCCCGUCGUCGUCGUCGCCAUCCUCGGCCCAACGCAAGAACUGACCGACGGCGCAAUGGCAAUGCUGAAGCGCUGGGGAGACAACAGGGGCAUGAACGGCCUCGUCAGGGCGUGGAUGUACCUAUAA